AUGUUUCCCACACGGGCGCUCUGCGCUCGAUCGGUCUGGAAAGGACCCAAUAUCGUCCCCCUACCAAUAGUACAGAAAAAGGCUGGCGAAAGGACGCCGCCGAUCAAGACACAAGCGCGCUCGGCUACGAUACUACCGAAUUUCGUCGGCCUCAAGUUCCAGAUACACAACGGCAAGAGCUACCUAGACCUCACCAUAACUGAGGACAUGGUAGGACGUAAGCUGGGAGAAUUUGCGCCAACACGGAAGCAGUUCACAUACAAGCAGACGAAGAACAAAUGA